UACACAAACACUAGCUGAUGGGUGGUGUUUGGUGGUGCAUUGGAAAAAAAUUUCACCUUUUUCCGUAUAGUCAAGAAGUUUAUGUCGAUGUGCAUAACAAAGUGAAUCUACUUAAAUUUCUUUGAAAAUUCGAAUGUAUUUUGUGCUUGAACUAGCUUGAAAUCUAGCUGGAAAGGUUAACUAAAACUAACACAAAAGCUCCACGUAUAAAACGCAAAAAGUGAAAAAUUUUAGUGCUCAGAAAAGAAGAAAUAUUGACGGAUAACAGUGAAAGAAUAUUAUUAUUGUGCUGUUCCUACACUCUGACAGAUAGUGAUUCACACUAAACUAUCGGGGUUGCAUCAUGGACAUAACAUUAAUUGUGAAAGCUUCGAACCAGCAGUUCGAUGACCAAACGAUCAAGUGCGAACCAACUUGGUCGAUCAGACGGCUGAAAGGGCACCUAACGGAAGUACAUCCCGGUAAGCCUAGUACCGAUGAACAAAAAUUGAUAUAUUCUGGCCAAUUGUUAAGUGAUAGUGUUAUACUGAAGGAUGUUCUGCGACAGUACGACGGACAGCAGGCGUAUACGGUGCAUUUAGUGUUCACACCAAAAACCAAUCGAUAUCAAAAAGAAACGGGUGGCAUUGCCAGCACCAGCGCGGGUGGAGAUAGUAGUAGUUUGAAAAACUAUAAUCAAAAAAAUAUGCCACCAAAGGACACACCACAUGUUAGUAGCGCUUCAACAUCGAUCAAUCCUAGAGUUAGCAAUGCAUCACAAGGAUCAUCGGAAAUAGGUGCUAGUAGUUCAAUUGGCACAGAUGGUUUACGGCAGCGCUUCGUUACGGGAGAACAAAAUAGCAACGCAGCUGGUUCGAUGCCAACUUUGUCUAAUUCAGUGGCGACGGCCGAUUAUAUUAUGGAACAACAUUUAGCUAUGCAGAAUUGGAUGCAGCAAACGUACAUGCAGUAUCUGAACCAAUAUAUGAAUGUCAUUGGACAAACCAAUCGGCAGGCUCCGAAUUCAAGCUCCUUCACGAACCUACCUACGUAUGCUUUACCUCAGCCAAAUUCUCAAAUGAACCCUUCACUACCAAUACCGCCAGUUAACACCAAUCCAGUGCUGGCUCAAACCAUACCAAAUUUGGCAUACUAUCCGUAUUUAUCUACGGUGAAUUCAUCACCAAUGCCAUCGGCCAGUAGCAUUCCAGCACCAAUCACAUCGAGUGGAAUCAUCCCAACAAGUUCAACUCAGCCAAGUGCACCACCCGGCACACCCAGCCAAACUCCUGGUCUCUCGAACGGUACCAGCACAGCAAUUUCACCACCUUCGGUUGCAGGGCCAAGUACAACAGACAAUUCAGUACCAUCUACUGCACAAUCAACCAGGGACACGGACACUGUCGAUGGUCGAGCCGAAGUGCAACCAGCAGCAGCUGCCGGUGGAGCCCCCGUUGCCGGAGCAGAUGCAGCACCAGCACCGGCCAGAAGGUUUCCAAAUAUUGUAGUCGAAGAGCAGGAAAAUCGCGAUUGGUUGGAUAUUUUUUUCAGCAUGUGCCGUGUGGGAAUUCUCAUGACCGUGGUCUACUUGUACUCGUCACCGACACGAUGUUUGACCGUGUUUUUCAUUGGAAUAUCGCUUUAUCUAUACCAAAUUGGCUUCUUUCGUAACAAUAACACGGAACGAUUGGAACGAGCUCGCCAAAUCGUUGUACAACAAAUUAACAAUGCCCACGGGAUUCGACCGGAAGCGAUUGGCCGGCAACGUGUUCUUCGACGUGCAGAAGGUGCAGCACCGGUUGCUCCAAAUGUCAAUGAGGUCGUCAACGGUCAAACCCCUGAAGUUCCUGCGCCGUCUGGGGAAGCUAAGCUUAGUUCUGAUGGAAUAAAAUCAGAACAAGAUACAAAUGCAACAGCAAGCUCAACUGCUGGGGCCACUUCGGUAGCGGAGAACAUUGAGCAAGCCCCAGUGUCGAUGGCACAAAUAGGUGAUUCAGUGCAACCCAAUUCUGUGGAGACGCAUGACCAAUCGGACAUCAUACAGGAAGCAAACAGGAUGAACGUUAACGAUGUUGCGACAUUUUUACGAACUUUGGUUCUAUCGUUCUUCACAUCAAUUAUUCCAGACACACCCGCCGCUUAGAAAGCAAAUUUAGUUUCACCUGGAGUGAACAUCACUGGUUUUGUUAAUCAGUGUACAUUGUUUUACAUGGCUCAAAACAACAAUGUUCACAGACAGCAGUUGCUUAAUUUGUGUACAUAUGGAUACAUCCGAAUCCGCUAUGCGUGAACCCGAUUGCUAUGUAUUGUUUCUAACUACUACAAUAUUAUUAUGAAUAUAUAACUUGCGGAGCUGGUUUGCGGCUUGAAGUUUUUCUAAUAUAUUCUUAGGCAACACAUUACUGUAAGUGGAUAGAUUAAAUUUUUAUACAUGCAAAAUUUUGAAGACAUCACAAGAACAUUUUCAUGAUCGACCAGCUAGUAAUGUAAUGUUGAAGAAUAAACGUAGAGUAGGGCUUGGCAAUUUGAUGAAAAUGCAGCGGCAUUCGUAUGUACAUUCGUACAAGCGGGUUGAAAUUGUUCAUUGGAUUUGGGUGAUUCUAACCACGUAAAUUGGUAAACUGCAUUUGCACUAGUUGAUUUUUUAAUGUUUCAAUUAGCAUGCCGAAGAUUCAGCGGAAAUUCUUGGUAGACGUAUAAUUGUGUAAAUUCUUCAAUGUAAAAAAGUUGGAACAAUGUUAUUGAUUGAUAAGAUAAGAAAUGGAUAAUACAUUUAUUUAUGUUCAUACUGGAAUAAAAAAUGCUACCUUUUUA